GACCUAACCAAUCGAAUUAAUAAGUCAUCUUUAUACCAUCGAACUUGGUUUACUAGCAAAAUUCUUUUCGGUACAGCUUGUGUCCAUCAAAAGAUUUUAUAUACUUCACUUCCUUCAUCCAAAUCUCAAAAGUCUAAGCAAUAUUUAGUGUUUGAUAAUAAAACAUCCUUUAAGGAUUUUCUACAAGUAGCUUCGUCAUCAAAAGCUCAAAAUCAUGAUUUAUAUAAAAAAAAAGAUAAUAAUGAUUUAAUAGGAAUAGCGGAUCAGAUUCCCUAUUUGAAAGAUGAUAUCAAAACACUAGGGAUAAAUACAAAAUAUUAUAUAGAAGUUUAUGGAUGUCAAAUGAACGUUAAUGAUACUGAAAUUUUAAUGUCAAUAUUGAAUUCUUCCGGAUAUCAAAAAACUGAUCGUUUAGAAGAUGCUGAUAUUGUAUUUUUGGUUACGUGUGCUAUUAGGGAUAAAGCUGAAAAUAAAAUUUGGCAUCGGUUAAAUGUAUUAAAAAGUAUGAAAAAAAAUCAAAAGCCAUUAAUCGGUGUAUUGGGUUGUAUGGCAGAACGUUUAAAAACAAAAUUACUCGAUGCUGAUAAAAUGGUUGAUAUUGUUUGUGGUCCUGAUGCGUAUCGCUCAAUUCCUCAUUUGUUAUCAUUAGCUGUUCAAACUUCUGAGAGUGUUGCUAAUGUCAUGUUAUCAGCUGAUGAAACUUAUGCUGAUAUAAUGCCAGUUAGGUUGCAUCAAGGCCAUGUUAGUGCAUCUUUAAGUAUUGAAAGAAGUCGCCCCUUGUAUCCAUCUAUUGUUGAAGAGAUCAAAACUCUAAGUGAUCAGGGUGUUAAAGAAGUUGUUCUCCUUGGGCAAAACGUUAAUUCAUAUCGAGAUACAAGUGAAUAUGACUUUUAUAAACCACUUGGUCUUGGUAAUCAGCUUAGUAACGAUGGAUUUAAAACUAUAUAUCGUCGAAAAGAGGGUGGUAUAAGAUUUACUGAAUUGCUUGAUCAUGUAUCAAAAAUUGAUCCAGAGAUGCGAAUACGUUUUAUAUCACCUCAUCCAAAAGAUUUUCCAGCCGACCUAUUGAAACUAAUCGCAGAACGACCGAACAUUUGUAACCAAAUCCAUCUACCAGUACAAUCUGGAAACACGAAAGUGCUAGAACGGAUGCGGCGUGGAUAUUCACGUGAGGCCACGGAUAUCAUAACUGGAUUUUGUGGUGAAACAGAAGAAGAACAUCAAGAUACUGUAAGCCUAAUGGAAAUUGUUAAAUUUGAUAUGGCAUAUAUGUUUGCAUAUAGUAUGCGUGAAAAAACACAUGCGCAUCGAAAUUAUCUUGAUGACGUGCCCGGAAAUGUCAAGACUCGCCGAUUAAACGAAAUAAUUCAAACUUUUCAUACAAAUGCAAAAAUUAAAUUGAACACUUUAUUAGGUAUUCCACAGUUAGUUUUAGUAGAAGGUAUUUCAAAUCGUCAUAAUGAAAGACUUAGAGGACGUACGGAUGGAGGGCACAAAAUCUAUUUUGAUAACGUUCGAGUACUAGAGAGCAUAAACAAUCAAAUGUUGAAUAGAUCAGAUAGCUGUCACAUGUUGAAUAUAGAUAAUCAAAAAAUUGGUGUUAAGAUUGGAGAUUACGUUAUUGUCGUACCAACAUCAACCACGGGUGCUACUUUAUACGGUAUACCCAUAGCUAAAAGUUCCAUAGCUCAUUUUAGUAAGCUAAACUAUAAUGAGAAUAGUGGUCAGCAAUUACAAUAUUAA